CUCUGCAUUCCCACAGGACAUCAUCCAUGACCCAGGCCGGGGCGCUCCGCUGGCCAAGAUCGCCUUCCGUGACCCGUACCGGUUCAAGAAGCGCACGGAGCUGUUCAUCGCCGCCGAGGGCAUCCACACCGGCCAGUUCGUCUACUGCGGCAAGAAAGCUCAGCUGAACAUCGGGAAUGUCCUGCCCGUGGGCACCAUGCCCGAGGGCACCAUCGUGUGCUGCCUGGAGGAGAAGCCCGGUGACCGCGGGAAGCUGGCACGUGCCUCAGGGAACUAUGCCACCGUCAUCUCCCACAACCCCGAAACCAAGAAAACCAGAGUGAAGCUGCCUUCGGGCUCCAAGAAAGUAAUUUCUUCUGCAAACAGAGCUGUUGUGGGAAUCGUGGCUGGUGGAGGCCGUAUUGACAAGCCCAUCCUAAAGGCUGGCCGUGCCUACCACAAGUACAAGGCCAAGAGGAACUGCUGGCCACGUGUCCGUGGUGUGGCCAUGAACCCUGUGGAGCAUCCUUUCGGAGGAGGCAACCACCAGCACAUCGGGAAGCCCUCGACCAUCCGGAGGGACGCUCCUGCCGGACGCAAGGUCGGGCUCAUCGCUGCGCGCCGCACGGGGCGGCUGCGGGGCACAAAGACUGUGCAGGAAAAGGAGAACUGAGCACCCACCUUGGGGGCCACACAAUAAAUUUGUACAACAGA